CCCCUCCCCCCCGGCCCACAGUCCGUGACUGGUGGAGGACGGAGAAACCCGGGGGCGCCAUCUCUCGUAAGGUAACUGUUGCCCCUUCGCGCACCCAGGUCUCCGUCACACAAGCCAGGUCGACCCCCUGCGAGGUAAAGAAAUCUCGCAGGGUGGCGGUUUUGUUGCCUAUAGACCUGGCAUUGCACAACACCAGUGACGGAGGUGAGUAAUCCUUGCUCACCCUACCCUCGUUCCUCGGGAUGGGGCGCAGAUUGGAAGGGGUACGAGCAUAUCCGUAUCUCGAUCCCCUUCGCCUAUGACAUCUGCCCCCACCGCCAUACCUCCCUCGCCCCACCACGGUAGCAAUCCCAAGCCUCAUACAAGCCUCCAUUUACAAAAUAGAAAAACAAACCAAACCAAAAACAAUUGUACCAAACAAAACAAAUCCCCACCCCACUCAAUAUCCAACCCCAAACCAAGAUAAAACGCAACAAAAUAAAAAUGCAUCAAUAAAAACCACCGUUCACGGUGGUACAACAAAGUAGAAAGUAAAAACCCCUUUAAAACACUUUAAAAUAUAUAAAAACAUUUUUAACAUUUGCUGCAGCAACACCAGUGUCGUUAAAACUGAAGCGGUGGCAAGUGUGGGCCCCACCCCCUAGGCCUGGUGGAGUGGGCCUACAGGAGGGAGCGGCCUUCCCCAACACUCACAGCGCAGCAGCAGCAGCAGCAGCAGCAGCAGCGGUGUCCCAGUGCCUCAGUGAGGCCUCCCAAGCCGUGGCGGUGCUCAGUCAGUCUGGGCCCCGCCCCCUGGGCCAGGUGCACCCGUGCACUCAGAUCCUCUGUUAAAUUCUUUUUAAAAAUCACAUACAGAAAGUCACUUGGAGUUGCCUCACUUUCCUCUCAGACAUUGCUCUUUGGUACUUUCCCAUAAACCCAAGAGAGUUGUUUACCAAAAGUAUAUAGCAUACAGCAGCUUUUAGGCACAUAAGUUGGUGCAGAAGAUUGAAAUCCAGAGGCAAUUUGGAACAGAAAUGAUGAAAAUAGGUUUAUUCCCGGGAAAUCAGUUUGCUUAGAUUUCAAUACACAAAAGAAAAGGAUAUUUCAAAAUCAAGUGUGUGGUUGUUUGUUUGUUUGUUUGUUUGUUUGUUUAAAAACACUUUUCUUUAUCCUAUGUUGGUAGAGUAAAGAAAAGGCAAGUGUCUGUGUUCAUUACUCAGUGGCUAAGAGUUUGUUUUCAGAGCAGGGUCCAAAGAAGCCAUUAGGGCUGCUCAUUUCAUCUAUUUUGUAUUUUUCCUUCUGAGCUGCCUGGAAGCACCCUUUGUCAUCGUUCCAAUAACAGCCUUAUUAUAACAAUGCCAAUUUUAUCCAAUUAAUACAAUUAUUAAAACCAAUUAUUAAUAUACUAAAUUAUACAGUUUAGCUAAAGUGGCCUCCUCAUGUGCUAGAUUUGAUGGCUCCCUCUUUUUUAUUUUUAUUUUUUAUUUUCUGCAUUCCAAAAUCUUAAUAAUCUGUCUUAAGCAACCACAUGGCAGUCAGAAAUUCAGCAAGUAUUGUUUCUCCCCACAACAUGGUGGUGCAGGAAUUAAGGAAGCUUUGCCUGUUGAAUUUCUGCCUUGCACAUACCUAUUGGCCUGAUUGGCGAGCCAUUCCUCCAACCCUCAGGGCUGGCCCUGCCAUGCAGCCGAGUGAAGUUACUUGCUUCAGAUGGCACCAUGAAGGGGACAUAUGGUGGCAGUAAUUGGUGUCCAAAUAGUGCAGCAAGAUUGGAAAAUGUUGGUCCUACGGGGGAGGAGUACCAUUUGGGCUCUGCUUCAGGCAGUAAAAUGGCUGCGGCAGGCACUGCCUGAGGCUGAGGCUGCAUCUGUAAUGUUCACAGGGAAGGAUACGUCAAUGCUCAGAUCUCCCUUGCCCACUUGAAGCUAUUGCAUUUCACUGAUUCAUAACUGUAAGACAAAUCAAGCAUAGGUGAGAUGGAGGGAAAUAACUCAAAAUAUGCAAAGUUGGCUCUCUGCCACUGAAUAGCUAGGCAUAUCCCUUUCUUCAUGCAUCAAGGCUGUGCUGUUCUCGACCAGAGGACUGGAAGGAGCAAAGUCCACAAAUCCAUCAGCUGUGGUUUAUAGGCAGGCAAGUGAGUCAAUAACAAGUUGUGAAAGCAAAUCUAUUAGUAAAUGUGCAUGGAGAAUUGGCCUCUUAAGCUUCUAGAAGAAGAGGCUGAAGCAGAAAGAGGAAAUGGAUUUUCCCCCAUCCUCACAAGCCUGCUGUGAUGUAAGACAGGAGGAACACUUUGUGGCAAGGGGGCAAGCCUGAGAGGGUUUAAGGAUGCCUGCAGAGUGUCGCUAUUUUGUGGAAGGGAUUCGGGUGCAGGCUGGAACUUUAGCUUUGUGCAGUCAAAGUGGUAUUGAAGAGCUCUGCUGCCCUAGGAUGACAAAGCCACUUUUUAAAAAAGACUGGCCUUUCUGUGAUUUGGAAAGUGAUGAGGAAUUGCAUUGACUAGGGUGCAUGAAUAAUUAAUGACACCCUACAAUCAAAUUAGGAUGAAUUAUCAUUGUCCUAUAACUGCCCCCUAAACAAGUCAGAACGAAUGCUUAAUAAAGGCCGGACAUGGUCAAACCACUGCAAAAGCUUUGUGCAAGCAAAUCAGGGUGAAUGCUAAAUAAACAGGUCCUCUGGAGGAGCCCUACACUACAGGAAAUAAGAUCAGGGUGAAGAAGUGUCAAGGAGGAAGACACCCUCUAUUACAAGGCAAAAGGACUUCCAAACUUCAUGGAGUGAAUUGCUUCCCUUGGGUUUUAUUUAAGAAUAAGUUGGAUCAACAUUCUCCCCAGGAUGCUGUUAGGCAUAAUUGACAGUUGAAGCUAAUACCAAGCCAAAGGCUCCAAGACUUUUAUUUAUUUCACUGGCAACAUUUUCAUCCCAUCAUUUCUAAAAAUAGCUCAGGGUUGAGUUUUUAAGCCUUAUAUGCCAUACAUUACCUUGUGCUACUUCAGGCGGCACCAAGAGGAAAGGCUAGAUGCAGACUGGAAAGUGGGGUAGUGGUGAGAUCGGGAUAGAGAACUGUGGGACUUGUCUAUUAACUCCAGUAACAAUUUGAUUUAUUUCAACGGGAGGAAUUUGACGUCACAAUCUUCUGAUCAUUCUCCCAACACCAGCCCCCUGAACUAGUUUGGGGGGACACAGGCCAAUGAGAAAGCCCCAUUGCAUGAACAGAAGUCCUUGUGCAGGGCUUCUGCUAGUGGGACUGGUUAGUUGAAUCCAGCCCAGUGUGUUUACACUGAGUAUGACUAACAUUGCAUACUACCCUUUGUGUCUCUCAGGAGCCUACAAUCCAACCAAGUGUCCUGCAAAGGCACUGGUUCUCUCAACAAACCCAGCUACCGUGUCCCAGAAUGGAAACAUAGUUUCUGAAAAGGGUUUUCCCAAUAGCCCAAUUCACACAUUACUCAUAUGUAGGACUUAGCCAUGUUGACAACAGAGCAGGGUCACCCUUUUCACCCCACCCUGACGUCAUGACUCCAUCCUGAAACAACCACAUCUUGUGCACAGAGGUCUACAGAGAAAUUCCAGCACUCAAGCACCUCCUUCAGUGCAGGAACUUCAUACAUUUGGAACAGCUGGGAAACUGGGUGCCCCUACACCAGGAGUAGGGAACCUCUGCUACCCCAGAUGUUGCAAGACUCCAGCUCCCAUCAUUCCUGGCCAGCCUGAUCAGAGAUUAUGGGAGUUGUAGACCAACAACCCCCAGAGUGUUGCACAAGUGGGUGUUUGAGCAGAAUCUCUCUGCAAUCGGCCACAAGCAAGACAUUGUUGCAGGAAGGAGCAACAACAUCCAAGGCAAUAGGACUAAAUGCAGGAGUGCCACACCUCCUCACACAGUGCCCCCAUGGAUUCCACUCGCAAAGAAAUGGCACUGGCACUAAUUUUGGGCAAGAUCUUGCUGAUUUUGUGUUAGGUUUAACCAAAGUCGUCCAAGAUCUUGCGGAGCACUUGAGGUCUCACCUGAAAUCAGCAUCAAUGCUGGCAGAGUAGGCAGCAGGGUGGGUGAUGCAGGUGGCAGGGGUGGCAGGGCAGGGCAGCACUUCCCAUUUCACUUCAAGCAGCAAAACAGGACACACACACAAAUGGAAAGCCUGGCCCUGCUCUGCUGUCCACGUAGCCAAGCUGCACAUGAAUGCAAGUAGCACAUAAAUGGAGCUAAUGACACAAGUUCAAGUCUCUGGAGAAUCUCAGGUUGCUCCAGCCAGCCAGUUUUACCCAGCCUUGAAUUGAAGUUGGGUGGAAUAUCCUCAGAUCAAUAAUGCUCAGGAAAGGGAGGAAGUUUGUUAGCAUAAUGGGCCCUCAUUUGUUUUCCAAAAGGCCACUUGUCUUGUGAACUUGCAGCGGGUGAAUUAUACCUGUGGCAUUUGAAAGAAGAGGUUUCUGAGGAGGUUUAUGGAGCCAGCUUUGACAUCAGCUCCUCAUUAAAUCACAAGACCGAAAGGAACAGAAUUCAAAUGUCAGGAUAACAGUGGUUUACAGUUAGCCUUGGAGACGGGUCCUGGCUCAGGUUGCCACCUUUGAUCUAGUAUUUCCUGUGACAUCAGCCAGGGGGAGAAAACUCUGGAUGAAAAGUGCUUUGGUCUAGGGAGGAGCCUCAGUAUAAGCACUCAGACAGCUCCCUCAUUCACUCCAGAAGGUCCCAGUUAAAGGGAUCAGACAACCAUUACAGGGAAGGCCUCUAUCUGGGACCCUAGAGAGCUCCUGCCCAUCAGAGUAGGCAAUGCAGAGGUAGAUGGGAAAAUAGUAUAAUCUGGAACAAGGCUUGCUCUUGUUUGGGUCUCUGGUUCAGCCUCCCCCAAUCUGGUUCCCUUUGGAUGUUUUAGACUACAACUCCCAUCAUUCCUGACCAUUGGCCAUGCUGACUGGGGCUGAAAGGAACUGGAGUUUGGCGAUAUCUGGAUGAUAUGCAUAAAGUUGGGAAAGGUUGCUUUGCUUCAAGGCGCCAUGUUGUAUUUUCCAGAUUGUUGUUAGGCUCUGGUUCCCAUCAGUCUCAGCCAGCAGGGUCAAUGGUUAAGGAUGAUGAAAGUCAGGAGAGCACUGCAUUCACAGCUCCUGUCUUGUAGCUAGCCCCACCCACAGAAUUACCAUUCAAGGUGGGGGGAGAAUGACAGAUGAGCCACUUUAAGUCUAUAGUGUAGACACGUGUAAAGGCUCUUGGGAAGUCCAGACUCAAUUUCCCCUGUAAUUUGGGUGGGAGUUUCUUCCUAGAAAAUCUCCCGCUUUGCAUAAGCUUGUGCUCAGAUUUCCCUGCAUCAGGGGAGAUGUCCCUGCCUGCCAUCACAUUGGCACAGCAAUAUCCACAGAAGAUGUUCCAUUUAAUUCAAUUCAUCACAGCAGCGGAUACAUAAUCAGUGAUUCAUCAUUCAUGCGAUAUUUAUGUGUUGCCCAUUGGGAUUUCAUUUCUCAUAACAAAAUAUGGGUAAACUUCUAAACUAUGAAGAAUUAUGAAGAGGCGGCAACUUUAGGCAGUUUAAUGAUGAAAAAAGAGUGUGCCCUUCUUGCUUCCAGAUUUGCAGCUUGAUCUUAUGCAUGUCCACACAGAACUACAUUCUACUGGUUUCAAUGGGAUUCAGUAGUCAGAAAAGCAAGGGCACUGGGAACUGCCUGGGUACUGGGUACUGAUGCUAAUCCUGGUGACCAGAGUUCAAAUCCUCACUCAGCCACAAAGUGUCCUAGAUGACCUUGAGCCACUCACUAUCUUUCAGCCUACCCUAUACCUUUUGUGAGGGUAGAAUUAAGGAUACUCAGAGCAUGAUAAAAAUGCAAUAAACUAAAAAUAGCCCCUUGUUCAAAUGGAGAGAGACUGUCAUUCCAACUUCUGUAUUUUUUCUGCAAGGCUGGUGAAUCUCUCUCAUUGGUUGAGGCUCUCUCCCUCCCAUCCCAGUUUGGUACCCAGUCAGUUCAGAUGCAAACAUCUACUUUACAAAUAGAAAGAUAAAACUUACUAGCCAUGUUGUGCUUCCCUUGUGAACUGAUAUCCAUAAAAGACUAGCAGUCUCACACCUGGCAUCACUCAGGAAUUCUAAGAAACCAAAUAAAAUCAGUGCAGUUUUGAAAGAUUCAGUCUGCCAUCCUAAUUCAAAAUGACAUCACUUUGUAUCUAGAUAUAGACUAAAAAAAUCUGCUCCUUGAUCCCAGGAAACACCAUGCAAAAUUGAGUUACAAUAUCUUAAGAGGUGCCUAGAUUUAUAAAAAACAGACAGACCAACAUUUUUCCAAAAUACAUAGUAGGAGUGGAAGAAGUAAAAACUCUUUAAAAGAGCCUUUUGACUCCAUCCUAGUGCCUAGGUUUAAAGAGUUUUCAUGGAUUUGCAAGACAAACAUACAGGUACACUCGCUUUGGAGAACAAGCUGUUUCACAGGAGAAGAGCAACACACCUCCCCAUCUUCUCUUCCUCUCAGAGCAACUCUGAAUCUUUUAUUUCCCAAUCCUUUUUUUUUUUUUUUUGGUUAUCCAAUCUGUUAAUGAGCUUGUGCUGUUGCUGUGGCAACCACCCUCGCUCUUGCUAUCAUCUCCUCCUUCCACCUUCCACCCAAUUUUCUUUGCAUUGAUUCAAGGGCAUAUGAAAUGCUGUAGAGUACAGAACCCUCAUCCACAUCUGGGGACCCUUGCGUGUUUCCCCAGCAAUCUUCUACCACCCUUGUCUCUGCCACUUAAUAACUCUCAGAAAUCCUCAAAGGAGGCUCAGAAAUUAAUAGUGAAGGGAGAACAAUAGAUACCUGGCUCAACUGCAAGUUUUGCAGUACUCAGAUUGCAGGGAGACCAAGAUUACCCCCCAAACACGCCUGCUCUUUUUAGAAGGCUAGGAGGAGGUCUUCAUUUUGGCUAAAAUGUACCAUUAGCUACAGGAGAGGUGGGGAACCUCAGGUCUGGAGGCAGCAUACAGCCCUCUUAACUUCUCACUAGGACCCUCUAGGUUCUCCCCAAGUCACACCUUUUUGUACCCCACUUGAGCAUUUUUACCUAACUGAAAUGUCUCCUAGAGCUUUGGUCAUGCUUCUUCCUUGUCUGGAUGGAGGAUGAAUGAAUCAAUUUAUUUCGGUCACUGACCAGAGUGGGAUGGCGGACAGAAAAGGGUAUGUGAACAUGUGUAGGAACUAGACUACUGUACAACAGUAAAAUCCACCUCAACCCACUUUUACCUCUGGUCCCACCCACCACUGCCAUGUGGCCCCUGGAAGGUUGCACAGAAAGAAAUGUGUCCUUCAGGUUAAAAAGGUGCCCCACCCCAUGAGGUUGUGGAUUUCAUUAGGUCCUUCCUUUCCCCUCAUAAUUCAAGCACUGCUGUUAGGAACUUGAGAAGACUAACUAUUAGGCAUUUGGGGGUGUUUGGACAGAGCAUGGGCAGGCAGGAGGAAAACCAAUGCAGCUGUGGGUUGGGUGCAAUCCUGUACCAUGAGCAGUACAUUGCACUGAUGCAGCCUACUCCAAUCUAGUACCCAUCAUUUGUUUCAGACUACAACUCCUAUAAUUCUUAACCAUUGGCCAUGCUGGUUGGGGCUGAUGGGAGUUGUCUAAAUCAUCUGGUGAACACCAUCUUGGGGAAGGUUACAUUGAUAAAAUAUGAGAGAUCACCAACAUCUAACCCAUUUGCCCAGUGGAAAGCCCCAUUUCAUGGCCAGUCAGGUUGGAAUAGGAGCAGAAAGUCUCACCUGAUCUCUGGUAGCCUUGGCUACAGUGGAAGACAGAUACUUUGCACUGGUUGUAGGAUUGAACCGCAGGGCUUUGGGGUCUUGCAAGGGUCUACUUUGUCUCCUAUACUAUUUAACAUCUAUAUUAAACUAUUGGGAGCUGUCAUUCAGGGGCUUGGAGUGCAGUGUCAUCAGAAUGCCGAUGAUACGCAGCUGUUUCUCUCCCGUCCAUUUGAAUCAGGGGAGGCUGUGAAAGGGUUGGACUGGUGCCUAGAAGCAAUGCUGGGCUGAAUGGGUUCCAAUUAACUGAGGCUGAAUCCUAAUGAGAUGGAGGUGCCGUGGGUGGGAGGUUCCUUUCUCCAGGAACUAGGUGGAGGGCUGCACUGAAGGAACAAGUUUGCAACCUGGAGCUAUUAUAUCUUUAAAGCACAUUCAAGGCACAUUGCCCAGAUUCACCAUUCUGUGACAGCCAAAUAUAACCAGUUUUCACCACAGAUUAGUUUCCAGAGUGUGAUGGCAAAUUAAAGGAGUAAGACCCACUGAAUUCAACAGCAUUUACUUCCAAGUAAGUAUGCACAGGAUCAGGCCACAAAAGUCUUUAAAAUGUGCACAACCUGUGCUAGGGUAGUCAGAUGGAAAACAGGAGAGGGGGCACUCCUGCUCCUUUAACAGUGGUGCAGAAGAGAAAAUUUCAGCAGGUGCAUCUUGUCAUGUAAGCUGCACUGGUAGAAAUUCCCUCUUUCACAAAAGUGUUAAAGGUGCAGGGGCCUCUGCCCCUCUCAAAAGUUCAGCCACAACCUUGCUGCCCAACCCUGUGCAAGUUUAUUGGGACACAUAGAAUCAUAGAAUCAUAGAGUUGGAAGAGACCACAAGGGCCAUCGAGUCCAACCCCCUGCCAAGCAGGAAACACCAUCAGAGCACUCCUGACAUACCUCCUUGUUGCAACUGCAAGGCUCUCCUUGUGUUUUCUUGGGUGUAUAUAUAAGAUGCAUUGACUGUGGAUAAGGCUUUUGUUGGAGACCAGCCGCAAUGGCUAUGUUCCACCUCCACUGUUGGAGGCAGUAUGGACCUGAGGACCAGUUGCUGGGAAUCACAAGUGGGGAGAGUGAAUUUGCACCCAGGUCCUGCUCAUGGGCUUCCCAAAGGGAUCUGCUUGGCCUCUGUGAGAACAUGGUGCACUCCUGUGGUACAAUGGACCAGUGUGUCUGGCUGUUAACCAGGAGGUUGGUGAUUCAAGCCCACCCAAGGACAGCUGUGGGCAAGAUAGCUGCAUUACAUGGGGUUGGCCUAGAUGACUCUUAGGGUCCCUCCCGACUCUACAAUUCUAUGAAUGAAAAUCACACAGGUUGCACUUACUCUUCAACCGUUGCAACCUGCAACUCAAAUGCAUUCUGCCACCUUCUGGGGCACUAGGUGGGAGCAAGGAGCCUCUGGGUUUCAUGUACAUUAAUUUAUUUGCAUGCAUAUGGGCAUGGGAAGCCCCACCCACCAAAAUGUAAACUCUGCAGAUUCUCCAAAGAGGGAAGAGCUGAAAUUUAAAGAAAUGUAGCAGACGUAUAAGUAAUGCAUACUAGUGUUGUGGGGUGGAGAAGCAUCUCCAGCAUCUUGCCAAAAGGCAAGGCAGAGACAGUGUUUUUACCAGAAAAUAGGGCUGUCUCCAUCCUAAAGGAGGAACUGGCAGGGGUAUUGCUCAAGUGUGCACCAAUACUCCUUGCACUACUGUAGGCUUCCCCUCUCUUCUGUUUUACUCAUCUUUCCUUCCACCAGCAGGUGACAAUCAUUAGGUCUGAGGCAGGCUCCAGCCCCACCUAGGCUGCUCAGCCUUCUCUUAAAUGAAGGCAAGCCAAGGUGAUUUCUGUUGAGUUAGUUCUGUAGAGUGGAAGUGGAAAGGGCCGGUGAGGGGGAGAAAAGGGUCUUUUGUGUUUUUAAAGAAAGAUGUUGAGGUUCCAGAGUGACGACCGUCCAUUCAAGCAGAGGAAAAGUUUAGGUAAAAAACUGAGGGAUGAACUUGAAUGAUGAGGUGGGAGAUAUGAUUCUGGAUUAUACAUUGGAACUUCUACUAAUUUUCCACUUGCAUCUUUCUGACUAUUUCUUUUUAAGCUAAAUAUAACACCCUUCUAGCAUUUCCCCAGCAUAUCUCAUUGUCUCUGGAUUCUCUGUCUUCCCUGUGAAUGACACCUGCUUGUCUGUCUUUCCACUGGCAGGUCUUGUUAACUUUUAAACUACCCUAUUUCUAAUCGGCUUCUCAUUCAAGAAGCUCAAAGUGGCAUUUAAGUGUUAAAUGUGAUAGUCUUCCUCUUAGUAGAACUGAAACUUCCAAAACUCUUUCUGAUGACUUUUAUCUGUCAUAAUCUCAUUUUUAGCCUCUCGGAUGCAGGAAACAACUGAUAUCAGGACAAAGUAUCCAAGCAAGAUUCCGGUAAACCUCCUCUCUUUCUACCUAGAUUCUAGGGGGAAUUCCCUCACAGAGCUAUCAUUCCCACAGCAGUUUGGUAAUAAAUCCUCUUCACAGAGAACUCUACGACCUGUAGCUUUGAGGGCAAUAGGAGCCUCCUAACAGCUCUCAAUACCCUUAAUGGCAGCUCCCAUAAUUCUUUGAGGAAAGCCAUGGGUCUCUUAAGUGAUAUCACAGUGCUUUAAGUGUGUGGUACAAAUGUGGCCUUGUCUGAACUGAGUAUGGAAUCCAUGAGCUGCUUAGUAUUUCCUGAUCACAAGAAUGCAUAAUCUGGACUGAGGCUUUGCUAACUCCUCAAAAGCCAUUCUAAGACUCUAAGAGCAAAAGAGACACUGAGAGAUGCGAGCUUGGGGCUCCCACAGUUAUUGCAAGUUUCCAUUUAUUGAACAUAGUACCCUCAAUUCUACUCUGAGGAACUUGGAGGAACUUACAUAUGGUUCCCAAAGAGGCUCCCAUUCUUAAGAGCACACCUGCUUAUCUAGCAAUGGAGCUUCCAUCAUGUGCCUUGACAUUGUCCAAUGCUUUCCUCACACACAGGUGGUGCUUGAGCGUUACCAGAAGGAGAAGACACUCCCUCAGUUGAGCCGGGUCAAAUUCCUGGUUUCAGGGGAUCUAUCUAUGUCUCAGUUUGUCUACAGUCUGAGGUAGGGAGGAGUUUUCACAUACUGUGGUAAUGUGGGGGAGAGAGAUGGGAAAGACAAUUAAUUCCAUUUGCACUUAAAGGUACCCCUGCUUACCCACCUUGCCCCUUUUGAAACAAUACAUAGCCAAAAUGCAGCCUUCCACUGGCCUUUGGACUGAUCCUCUCCCUUCCCCUCCCCAGGGCCCGCCUGUCCCUGACAGCCACUCAAGCCUUCUACCUGCUGGUGGACAACAAGAGCCUGCCCUGCCUGAGCCUGACUGUUGCGGAGGUCUACGAAGCCAACAAAGAUGACGACGGCUUCCUCUACAUUACCUACGCAUCUCAAGAUACGUUUGGUGAUAUUGGCCCAUGAGCCCAUUCCAAGGAAGGCCUCUGCAGUCUCCCCCUCCUCCCUUUCUCUCUGAGGCAUAGUUAUCACAACAUGGAUUUUUAAACUGCUUUUGUGUAAGAGUGGCGUGGGAGAAGAGUAUUCACCACCAGGCAGGCUCUGCUUUAUUGUCAUUGUCCCUGAAGCAACUGAACUACCUUCUAUGUUGUAUGUGCCUGAAAAGACGCCCAGAUGACAGGGUGUAUUUUAGGGUCAUGUACUUUCUUAACCAACUCUGCAGGGCCACUACUUUAACCCACUGCCAGCUUAUUCUUUUAAACUAAUUUGUUCCCUUAUCUCUUCAGACAGAUAUAGACAUAGAUAUAAAAAAGAGCAUCACUACCAUUGCACAGGAAACUUUUGUCUGGUUUUCUUUCUUAUUUUAAACAAAGCUGAUUGGCCUAAUGGGAAUCUGGAGGGUUCCACGAGUGGAAAUUUUAACUGCACAGCUGUUUUUGUUACUUCAUCUCUUUCUUCCCCCUUUUUAAAAAAGCCUUCUGACAAGACUGCAAUAAAGAAAUAAAUGG